CCUGCCGCCGCCUCCCGCCCUCUCCCCGCCGGCUGGGUGCUGAAGUUGGGCGGAUGGCAGCGGAGCAGCUGCGCUAGGGGACGAGCCGCAGCAGCCCUUCCCGGGAUCGCUCAGCGCCAACUGCACGCAGCCGGGCGGGGCCACUUGGGCACUGAAGUAGCUGACAUGAGAAAGAGGCAGCAGUCACAAAAUGAAGGAACGUCAGCUGUGUCUCAAGCACCUGGAAACCAAAGGCCCAACAACACAUGUUGCUUUUGUUGGUGCUGUUGCUGCAGCUGUUCAUGCCUCACUGUUAGGAAUGAAGAUAGAGGAGACAAUGCAGGAAGGCCAACACAUACGACCAAAUUGGAGAGUAUCCAGGUCAUAGAAGAAUGCCAAAACCCUACUGCAGAUGAAAUUUUGUCUUGGGCUCAGAAUUUUGACAAGAUGAUGAAAACACCAGCUGGGAGGAACCUUUUCAGAGAGUUUCUUAGAACGGAGUAUAGUGAAGAGAACCUGCUUUUCUGGCUUGCAUGUGAAGAUCUAAAGAAGGAACAGAACAAGAAAGUUAUUGAAGAAAAAGCAAGACUUAUAUAUGAAGAUUACAUUUCUAUACUAUCACCAAAAGAGGUUAGUCUUGAUUCCCGUGUGAGAGAAGUGAUCAACAGAAACUUGUUGGAUCCCAGCCCUCACAUGUAUGAAGAUGCCCAGCUCCAGAUAUACACCUUGAUGCACAGAGACUCUUUUCCAAGGUUUUUGAACUCUCAGAUUUAUAAGUCUCUUGUUGAAAGUAUUACAGGCUCUACUUCUGAAACUUAGUUUUAAUUUUCAAACAAAAUAACUUGAUUUUUUUUUGGGUGGGUGGGAUGGAAGAAAAUUAGUUUAAUAACAUCUGGAGCUGGGUUCCUGGAGAACUACAGUUUAGCACUACUCAGGCUACUGUGAAGAAAAAAAAUACAUAUUAUGGUCUCUGUCUACAUUUUUACCAAGGUCCUCCUUGCUCAAGAUGGUGUGGGAGGGGAUCAAUGGAUUUGCCAAAAUACAUUUGUUUCACACUCCUUUCACCCUACUGCAGUCAAGAUUGCAAUGAUGUAUUUGUAGUUUUAUGAACAAUCUCCUUGUGUAUCCUCACACUGCAUGUGCAAGGUAAAACUGCUUCACUUACCACUUAGUUGUUGCAAUAUUUAAUCCAAUAAUAUAAAUUAUAGCUGUAUUUAAAAACUUUUUUUUUGUGCAAUACAGUCCUAUGGUACAUAGAAACAAUUACAGCAAACCAGAAAGAGGCUUGCAUUUUUUAACAUCACUAACUAAAAAGCCAAUUUUUAAGGUGUAGCAUUACUCUACAUGCUCUACUGAGUACAAUACACUGACUUUUUGAAGCCAAUAUUUCUGUACAGAGAAAAAGAGCUAUUUAUCACUGUUUAUUUAAAAUAAAUCAAGCGGAGGAUUCCUCUGGUUGUUCACUGCCAAAACUGUGGCAUUUUCAUUACAGAGUUUGCAAUGUCAAAGAAAAAGAAAAAUAAAAGGAGAAAAAAAAAGCACAAAUCACUUAAAGGGAUCCAUUUCUGGGUGACACAAUCUAUGCGCUGAUAUUGUUUAAUUGUUAAAAGAACAAAGAUUUUCAAUGUACAUUUCAGAUGUCAGAUACUGUAAUUGAUUUAUUAAAGACUGGCUAUCCAGUUCUAACACUGUUGUAUAAUGUUAUGUACUUCAGAAAAAAAAAAAGAAACAAGAAACAACACAAAAAGCUUGAUAAUUUAGUUUUUUGAAUAAAGAAAUUUAAUAAAAGAUUGCCUACAUGUAGCAUUUUAGAGCAUUUUAGAACAUUUUGAUGAACUGCAUCUGUUCUGUAAGAUAUUUUUUUUUGAAAGCUAAAUCCGGUAAAAAAUGUUUUUAAAUGAAGUAACGUUUUACGAGGUGGCGGGUUAAAGAAGACUUAUCUUAGCUUCUAGCCUCAUUGAUUUUGAACAACUCCUUGAAAACAAGGGGUUUGGAGAGUAAUAUAAACCAAACUUCAAGGGCUUCUAAACCCACAGAUCUUACCCAAGCAAAAUGCCUAGAGAAACAGAAUGGGUAUCUUUCCUGGGUAAAGAUUCCUGUACUGAGCCCUUAAUCAUAGCUAAGGCAGCACAGUACUCCCAUCACUAGGCUGCCAUGGUGUUUUUAAUAGGUGUUUGCUUGGCCUUUUUAUCAAAGAAUGUCCAGUUUCAGGACACAUUUUGAUGUUUAAAGAGACAGUGACUUGGAACUUAAAAAAACCCCAUCUUCAUACCCACCAUACACAAGCAAAAUGAGUGUUAGCAUCCCUCAUAAACUGCUAAAGAUACAGCAAGAAAUUGCUCUGAAUACUUGUUAAAUAAAUAUAUAUAUAUAUAUAUAUAAUGUUUGUGUGCAUAUAUAUAUAUAUUUAAUACUGACAACCACGCUAAGACUUCAGAGGCAAGGUUCUUCUCACUUGCGUAGGACUGAACACGGCACGAGCCCAUCGCUUCCGAUUGGCCUGCAGGGUCUGCAGUCGUGUCCUCGAGUGGAAUCUGGCCUGAGCGCAGUUGGCUCCCGGCCCUCAGUUACUCCCCGCGGGCAGCCUCCGGUGCCGGCUUUGGCGGGAGCUGCUGCCGCCGCGGCACGCCUGCUGUGGCACCGUAACUGGGAGCAUGCAGGUCUUAGUUUAUCUUCUGGGGCUUAUUUUUUUCCCUUUGUUUUACUACCUCUCAUUUUCUUAAUUUAUUGAACAUGCUUCAGAUAGCAGGUUUGGGGAAUUUUUUUAGUCAUUCUUUUUACUUGAAACCUCUGUGCUUUUUUUGGAUAUAUAUAUAUGAACAAUUUAACAAACUGUUUCUUAAACUGAUUUGGUUUUGUAAUUUAUAUAGAAUUCAGGAGAUGAUUAAAAGGGCUAUUCUCUAUUCCCUAUGCAAAUAUUUUAACUGUUGUAGUGUUUGACAAAAUGGGAUCUAAAACAAAAAUCCGCAAAGUGGAAAAACAAAUCUGUUUACAGUGGCAUUGCUGACUAUCCUACCAUAUUCAGCACUUUUAAAUAUUGUUAUUUAUGAAAAUGUAGUUUAAAAUGCAAGACAAAAUAUUUAUAAAUGUUUCUUUUAAUAAAUACCUGUUUUGUCUGAAA